AUGGAAACCACUGAGCAGGAGGAGCAAGCUCCACAGGUGGAGGGCGCCUCGACACAAAAGUCCAAAGCUCGUCCAGAUCAUUUGAUGAAGCGCGUCUCGAGAGCAUGCUUGCAUUGCCGCCAGCGCAAAUCCAAAUGUGAUCUAGAUGCCAGCGGUAGCCCGGGCGUACCGCCGUGUCAGCGAUGUAUCCGAGACCGUCGCGAAUGUGUCUUGGGCGGUUCGAAUCGUGGAGGACGACGCAUUCGCAAGAAUAAGAUCAAGAACUUUACUCCAAAUACGAACCCACCGGCUCAGAAGACUCCGGAGGUGCAAUCCACGAGCCCAUCUAACUUGGAAAACCUACCACCGCCAUCCAACACAUAUCCAGGCCCCGUUGUCUUCGUGCCGUCCAACCCUCCCGCCCCGACUGUAGUAACCACGACUUCAGUAUCCGUCGAUGAUGAAGAUGCGGCAUCUAUCGGCUCAGUACCUCGAAAUCCUUCAGACGCAUGGCAGUGUCUGACUGACAUUGCGAAACGAGGCACGGAUGGUCCCAGUCCUGCGACUACCGAUUCUCAUCGAGCCGGGUCGGGCGGGUACACUUUCAGUGCACUCCAGAGUGGCGACCCGAUGAGCUUUCAGGCAAAGACUGGUAUCAAGGCGUAUAGGCUAGUGCAGUCGCGGUCUCUGGACCCGGGAACAGUUUGGCAGCUGGUUGCUCGCUAUGCUGAGAACUUCCAUCCAUACCUACCGAUUGUUCCGCGAAAGUACUUUCAGCGCAAUGCCUUGGACGCAUUCGCCAAUAACGAGAAACAUCUUCUCACAGCUGUGCUUACGAUAGCCUCGAAGGAUCUGGUCGAGCGACCAGAGAUUCAUGAGUACUGCUCCAAAUACAUGCAUGAGCUGAUCUCCGGGAUUGCCGCCGGGGCCGAUUGCGACGUGGAGGCUGUCGAAGCAUUACUCCUACUGGCCGAAUGGGAACCUCAGGGAUUACGACCGCGGAUCGAGCGCGUUGGUCGUGGCGAGGAAGAUCGAGCCGCCUGGAUGCAUGUCGGACUUGCGCUACGCUCAGGCUACUUCCUGGGAUUGGACAGGACAUCAUUUCGAAGCGACCCUACUGGAGACACAGAAAUAGAAGCCCGCAGACGAUUAGCGUGGACUUCCUGUUAUAUCUCGGACCGAUUAAUCUCCGUAAGAAUCGGACGUGCAUUCUGGUCGCGGGGCCCAGGGCCAAUGACUGGUCUCGUCAGCCAGGACUUCCCGUCCCUUCAGCCAGUCAAGGAAGGAGAUGAGGACUAUGCGCAGAUCUUCCAAGCGUUGUUGGAUCUCACCCAACUCUACGGAAAUGUACAGGAGGUUCUCUAUUCGGGAAUGCGGACGAGUAACCAGAUGAUGCUGAUGGGUGAUUAUGUAAAAUAUGUGGAUGAUUUCCGGCUUGCAAUCUUGCGCUGGAAAUCGCGAUGGGGCUCGCUGAAAUGCUCGCCUGCCAUGCAAACCACGCUACAGCUAUCAUACGAGUAUCUCAGACUUUACACGAAUGCGUUCGCGUUUCAGGCUGCAAUUUCGCAGUCAUUAUCGAAGCAAAAGAACGACGGUCACUCGCAGAGAGAGCACCUCCGAGCGACAUUCGGCAAUGUUGCUUCGAUGCCGGACGCGCGAUUCAUCAUUGAAUCGCUAGACGCUGCAAAGGCAUACCUGACUAUCCUGGUGGAGAACGUCGACCCUGAGAAGCAUCUGCAUUUCAUGCCCCUCCGCUUCUACCUAUACGGCAUUUAUGCCGCAGUUUUCCUGUACAAGGCCCGGUCAUUCGGCGUCAUGCUACCCACCGAGGAAAUGAGCGUCCGCGGACUCGUCAGUCGAACCACCGAAGUGCUAAACCGAGCCAGCGCAGGGUCAGACGAUAUUGGCGCCCGCUAUUCGCGACUUCUCGAACUCUUAUGGCGCUCCAAACCAACCGCGCCGGCCUCUCCCGCGGGAACCCAACAGAGCAACGAUAUCCUAAUGCAAAACACCAACCCUCUGCAGUGCAUGCCUGACCAAGGCGGGUACGUGCACUUUAGCCCUGCAAACGAUUUCUCCUGGCUAGAUCUCGAAGCAGUCGGCGAUUAUGUCUCUGGGGACCCCAACACGCUCUCGUUGGAGGGAUUCCAGAGUCUGUAUCAAACCGGCUCCGAUAGAUCAUGGCAGACCCCUAUGUGGUCUGGAGAUAUGAGCAGUACUCUUCUGUUCUAG